AUGCGCGUGUCGAUACCUGCGCUGCCAAACACGCAAGCGCACACACCGAAUGUGACAGAGCUAGCCGCUGCUGUGGACCGCGUUACAGCGCUGUUGCGUAACAGCAAAAAACCUGUCGUCAUCACUGGCGCGGGUGUCUCUGUCGAUAGCGGAAUCAAAUCGUACCGUGGCGAGAAUGGGAUGUAUUUAAAUCCGGGGUACAGACCCAUCUUUUAUCACGAGUUUGCGAAUACCACCGCGUUUGGAGAUGCGAAACGACGUCGUUACUGGGCGCGCUCGUUCCUUGGUUAUCCUCCACUGCGUAUGGCAGCGCCGAAUAGCACGCACGAUGCGAUUGCAAGGCUGAUGCAACAAGGAAUCGUUCACCGGCUUAUUACACAGAAUGUCGAUCGGCUUCACCACGCAGCGUGGACGUACGCACCCGCCGCGCCCAUUGUGGAAUUGCACGGCUCGUUAUCCGAAGUGCGGUGUAUUGGCCGUGGCGACGGUGAAUUUAAGCAUAACGACGAAGCAUGGUGGGAUGUGCAUUCCACGCGUGCGUUUGGUCCCAUCGACCGCUUCUAUACCCGUCACUUGCACACGCCCGACGCACAGAGUGGAUGCGGAUUCGUCGCGGCGCGCGAUGCACUGCAAGACUAUUUCGCUGUGCAGAACCCCGACUGGGAAAUGUGGGCCAAGCGGCUGGAGAAAGAGCCUGGCUUGCACCUGCGCCGCAACCCCGAUGGCGACGUCCAGCUGGACGGCGUGGAGUACAACAACUUUUAUUACCCUGCGUGUCCCAGUUGUGGCGGCAUCCUGAAGCCGGAUGUAGUGUUUUUUGGGGAGAACAUACGCGCGUCUGUGAAGCGCGACGCCGAGGCUUGCAUAGCAAGCUCCGACGCACUCCUGAUCCUCGGCACCACGCUCGCCACGCACUCGGCGUUCCGUCUGGUGAAGGACACGGCCGACUCCGGAAAGCCUGUGGUGCUGGUGAAUCGCGGCCCAACACGCGUGGAUAGUAUCGUGGACACGCGGAUUGGAUUGACGAGCGGCGCAGUGCUACAAGGCGUGGGUCGCGCAUUGGGACUAUAG